GAUCAGUCGGCCAAUCAGCAGCCAUUCGAGCUUGACUAUUUGAAGGCCGUCUUGGAGGAUUGGGCCCGGGAGUUAGGGAUUCAAACGAUCCGAACAUUACCGGGCCGAAGUCUUGUUGGCGCUGCCAGCGCAGAGCCGACGGAUGAGUCAGCUGCAUUCCUGUACCUGAACGAAAUCCACAGCUUUUGGCCGGAGGGCACCCUUCAAAAAGAUCUCACUUCAUGGGCUGAAAUCCAAGGAUCAACUUUGAGGGUGCACUUGAGCUACAUGGUACGUUUGUGGCGCAAGAAUGAACUGGUGCAGCAGCUCAAGGACAUCUUGAAUGCUUUAUACCCAGCAGAAGAAGGUGGGACACCAGCGGCACCAACUGAUCCAGCAGAAUCAUCAGCCAGGGAGGUCGCGGCACCAGCAGAAGUUGGAUCACCAGCGGCACCAGCUGCACCAACAGACAUGGCAGAAACACCAGCCAGCGAUGUUGCAGCACCAACAGAGGUUGGAAUUGAAACCGGGAGUGAUGAUGGGGAUGAGGAUGGUGUUAGGAUGUUGGGACUCCUACCCUUUUCCAAAACUUGGCCUGCUGUCCUGAAACAAUGCAUGGAAUCCUAUGAUCCUCAGUAUGACUACCAGUCCUGCUGGGUCAAGGGUGGUGGUUUUGUUAUCGGGUUCAAGGAGCCUUGGGAGUUGGAGCAUGUGCCUGCCAAGUGCCAGUUUCCUUUGUCGGUGUACGUGGCAGUUGCUUCAGAAGCACCAGCUAGCAGCACAGAUGCACCAGCCAGCAGCAGUGACGCACCAGCCAGCACCCCAGGGGAUGCAGCUGGAUCCCACGUGGAUCAAAUGGAUACCUUGCCUCUGGAAUCGAAUGUGACUGGUGAUGCUGCCAAUGGAUCUGACCACACGCCAUCUGAUGUGGUAGAGGUGACUGGUGAUGCUGCCCAUGGAUCUGACCACACGCCAUCUGAUGUGGUAGAGGUGACUGCAUUGGAAUGCGUGGUGGCUGACAUCGAUGAGGACAAGGAAGACAUCGCUGCUGCUCCAGCUGAUCCUGAUCAAGAGAUGGUGGAGGUGUUGGAAGAGACAGCUGGAGACUGGAAAUAUGAGGACCCAUGGUCUGCUGGCUUUUACGAAGAGGGCCGUGCAGACUGGCAAUGGUGGGAGGAUGAGUGGGCUCAGCAAGAGUGGGAUGAGUGGACGGCCAACAAUUCUUGGGAUUACCAGGACAGGGCCCCCUUGGUGGCUGACCCGCCAUCUUUGAAUCAAGUUCUCAGUGCUAUCCAUCUGAGCGACCUUAAAUUUGAGAAGGAUAUUCUUGCUGGACAAAUUGCCAUGCGAGCCCGUGCCAAGCGCAAUGCCAAAGAGCCUGCAGCUGAUGGAGAAGCCAAGAGGGGCCGCCCCAGGGGCAGUCAAAAUGCUGCUGAUGCUGACAAUUUGCCAGGGACUUCCCAACCCAGCCAACCUUCCAAGAAAGGCAAGGGUAAGGGUCGUAGGAAGCAAAAGGAACCCAAGGAGCAGGAGGAGACCAAGGAGCCUGAGGAGCGCAAGGAGCCCAUUACCAAGGAGCCCAAGGAGCCCAAGCAGCCCAAGCAGCCUAAGGAACGCAAGCAGCCCAAGGAGCCCAAGGUGCCCAAGGAGCCCAAGAAGCCCAAGGGUAAAGCAGCGCCAAAGAAAUGCCCCACGCCCAAGACUGCUGCCAAGAGUGCUGCCAAGAGUGCUGCCAAGAGUGCUGCCAAGAAGACUGACAAUUCCAAUCAAGUUGUAGGAGUCAAGCCACGUUUGAAAGUGGACCGCACAGAACUUGCAAGGGUUCACAUCAUCGAUUACGUGGUGGCUACCAGUGAUGGGACCUUCAAGAAGGACCUUAUGGCGUUUGAGCUGUUCUGCGGAAUUGGCGGUCGGCUUGGCCUGGCCGCUGCCAAGUACGAUGUGAAUUUGAACAGCCAGGACAUGGAUUUUACCAGCGUGUGUUGGCUCCAUAUGUUAUCGCUGCAAGCCCGGAUCACUCGUGACGACCGGAACAAGCACGUGGAUCCUGCAACAUGGGAAGAUGGCAAGCUUGAAGAAUUCCUCUGCUUCUUGAAGGAUGAGAUCCGGUCAGGAUUCCUCAUGCCGCCAAAAGCUACGAAAGCACCACCAGCACCAGCGCCCAAACCCAACAUGGACCUGGUGCAGAGCAUUCUAGCUAAAGCACGAGCAACAGCAAACAAACGGAAGGUGGAUGGCGUGGAGUCAGCAUCUCCAGCUACCAAGGCAAAAGCCACACCUGUGCCCCCUCCAGCAGUAGUUGCACCCAAAGUUUGCCCUGCUGUGCCACCAGCUGGUGGAAGUGCAAAGGCACAGCCACCUCCACCACCGGCAAAAGCAAUUCCCCCACAAGCACCUGCACCUAGCGAUUCCACUGAGGCCAGCAGCCCAGUGCCGAAGACUGCAGCACCAGCACCGCCCCCACCAAGUGCCAAGAUUCAACAAGCCUUGAACACUGCAAAGGAAAUUCGUUUGCACAAAGCACAUGUUCAGCCCAAAGCCCAUGCCCCAGAUCCGAACACACCGCCGCCCAAAGUUACCUCACCUCCUACUUUGCAGAAAGCACACACCCCAGAGUCGUUGCAUACCCCGCCGCCCAAGCAUGCAUUUGCAUCUCCUAUGGCUAGCCCGGCAGAGACUGUUCGCAGCAAUUCAUGGGAGAGCAACUCAUGGGAGCCUUCUCAGGAUGACUGGUGGAUGACUUGCAAUUCUCAAAGGGAAUACUAUGGUCGACAGGGUCUGUCCUGGUGGAGGGAGUAUGAUGGUCUCAGUCCAUAUGCCCCUGGCAACUGGAUGUGGGAUUCCUGGAACAACCGGUAUGUCUUUACCGAGGGCAGCCAAAGCUGGGUGAGCAAGUCUUGGGAUACGAAUGGUGAUGGGAUGAAUGAUGAGACAUAUGAUGACGGCAACCUCAGCACCCCUUCUAUGCCUGCAACUCCUGUUGGUCCACCCGGAAGUGGAACUUCUAGUACUGAGAAUGAUGCCCUGGAUGCUAAUGGUGCUGAUGCUGAAUCGGGUCAUGUCAGGGAGGCCCUUGCAUGUCGCAAACCGUCAGCCCCGAAUGUUACAUCCCCAGAACCUGCAAAUGACAGUGCAGUUCCCCCUGAAACGGAAGCAGCCCCUGAAACGGCAGCAGCUGAGCCAGUUGUUCCCCCGCUGCCGUCAAGUGGCAUGGCAGUGAAGGCAGAGCUGCCAGACUCAGAAGCCUCAGGUAUGGCAAGCCCGGUCGAUGCAUGGAGAUGUGAUAAGCAUGGGAAACCAUGCACCCCGGAAGCUCUCUACAUGCGCUUCUACAGGCGCUUGAGAAGCCCAAAGGAGAAGAUUCCGGAGGAGGUGAUGGCAAAAAAAAUCGAAGCCGAGACCAGUACCAACGGCAAGCACAAGAUGCACGAUCUGUAUCUGAUGUGGUUGUCCUGCAAGGGGGUGUGGGGCGAAUGUUCACUUGUCUUGACCGCCAAGAGAUCCAACACCCAUGAUGCUACGGAACUCUAUGAGUACCUACCGGAAAAAGAAUUGAGAGAGAAGUUGGGUGAUGACUUAGCUACGGAUCUCAUAGAGCGCCACACCCAAGCCGAGUCGAAGUUGAAGGGGGACCAGAAGGGUCAAUUCAUCAAAACGAAUCCACAGUUCCCCAACAGGACUGAUCAGUGGCGAUACAAAUGUUUCAUCAGCUUCAGCUCAGCCUUCAAGCAGUCGAGUGGAACAGAGAUUCAAGCGUCUCAAACUGCUACUCAUGUGGAUCAAGAUGAUUUCGACAAGAUGUUGGACGACGCUGCCAAUGGCAUCACCGUUGCAGACAUUCCCAGAACUUCUACCCCCAAGCCGGGCCUGCCAGUGCCCAAAAAGGAAAAGAAGGAGAGGAACACUGCCUACAAGACUGCGUUGCUGAAGGAUCUCCAGGAGUCCUCCACAAGACUUCAGCAUGCCAAAGCGCAAGCCAUGAAGAGCCUCGCGGUGGACAAUGCAUCUGAUCACACCGACAAGUACAAUGUGCUGCCUCAUCGACAAGGUCGUCCGCAGGGUUUGCUGAUCACCUGCUCCGUGGAGCCGACUCAAUCGCUUGAGGAGAUGUUGAAGCAAUAUGAGGACGAAAGUCCGCGCGACUAUGCAGAUCGCAAAGAGUUGUGGAGCAUUGGGAUUGCAACUGUGUGCAGCUUUGCAGAGUGGCAGCGGACUACAGAGGUGUUUCCUUUUUACCUGACGCAGCAACAAGCUGCCACCAUCCAUGACCUGGGGAUACA